AUGUCAGCGAUACGCAUAGAACCACCGAAGAAGAAAAACAUUGGUUCAGUAUAUGUGACAUUAGAUGAUGAAAUUAUCAAUUCCGAUUAUUCUGAUUUUGAGGAUCUAGGAGAUCUAUCAGGUGGAAUAGAGAACGAAGUGAUACCAGAGAGAGAAGUGUGGGUGGAAGGAACUUCAGAGAAGCCCACCGAAGGAAGAAAAGAUACCACCGAAGGAAAAGUUCUCGUGAGCCAAAAUGUAAAAUUUUCAGGUGUACCUAAGAAUCGUUCGAAAGAGAUACCAGCAACCUUCGGAAGAAACGGAUCUGCCGACAUGCCGCCUCCAAUGUGCGGACCGAGAGGUCAGACAAUUCAGAAGGUCAGAGAUAAUUUUCAUGAUAAAGUGACUAAUGAACGUACCAUGAGCCUCACCAGGCCUCAUGAGAGGAACCAAGGGAUCGAUACCACCUGGAAGUGGCGAAGACAUAGUGAUAUUUCUAAUGAAAAUAAAAGUUUUUUGGUGGGUGUCGAUUCUAUGAAAUAUUGUCAGCCAGGACCACAAAGGAAAUUCAUUGAUUCUUGGAAUUCUACCACCAAACCUGAAGUUUUAAGAAUUAGACAGGAUAGAUGGAAGUUCAGAGAGUCAGAAAUGAGUGAUAAAAGUGGAGAAAGACGAAAGGUGGACAUACCAUUAAUUGGAGGUAAAAGUGAUGAAGUAAAAGGAAAGAUAGAGAGGAAGCGGAGCCCCACAGUACGGGGCCCCACCGAACUUCAAUUCACGAUUUCACCUACCACUACUACCACACACAUAACUGUAACGGUACUGGAAACACGACGACUAGGUCGCAGGUUGGGUCGAACUCGAUGGAUGUCUCGUGGAAAUCUAGGGGCUCUGGUGCUAAUGGAUCGUGUCUCCUCUGCAAUCGAUGUAGCCAAAGAAUGA